AUGCAUCUGUACAGUACGACGAGCCGCACGGCUAGUCUUAACCGCUUCGACCCGAAAUACGCGUCGUUCGGACCGCGCGCGCCGCGCCCGCGCCCGCCAGCGCCGCCGCCCGCACUCGCAACAUUCUCGCCCGAGCCCGCGCCUCCGAGACAGGAUAAAUACCAGCAGGACAAGUACCCGCCCCCGUCGGACAAGUACCCGCCCCCGUCGGACAAGUACCCGCCCCCGGCGGACAAGUACGCCACCGUGCGUCCCGCACGCAGAGCCGACCCGCAACCGCUGUCGGCCGCGGCGCUCGAGUACAGGAGUUUGCAGCGCCCGCGCCGCCACCAGCAGCCCGCGAACCACCGCCGCCGACCCGACCGACCCGAUCGACCCGAGAGGCAGGAACGACCCGACCGAACCGAUCGCAACGACAGACACGAUCUGUACGCGGUCACCGAGCUAUAA